AUGAACACUGCAUCCUUUUUCAACACCGUGAAUGGCGAGUCAAGGUCCGGAAGCGCAACUUACCGUGGCAUUGACCCAGCUACGAGAAAAUAUCUCUGGGAUGUUCCAGUGGCCACUCGACAGGAUCUGGACGAUGCGGUUACUGCAGCGCAGACAGCAUUCAAAUCGUGGUCCGUCUUACCCUUCGACGAACGCAAACAGUUCGGUAUUCGUUUUGGCAACUUGUAUGAAGAGAAUCUACGAUUUUUCCAUGAGUUGACCGCGAAAGAAUGCGGCAGACCGAAGAUUGUCAACGAAGCCCUGUCGGGAUAUAACAUGUACCGGUACCAUUCGGUGACACUGGAGCUCCCACAACACAAGGUGGAAGACCCAGAUCGGACCAUUAUUACCCAGUACGUGCCGAUGGGUGUCGUCGGGGCUAUAUGCCCGUGGAACUUCUUUAUUCGUCGUACUAAAUGUAUCACAGCUCUUGGAAAAAUAGCCCCAGCUCUGCUGGCAGGAUGCUGUGUGAUUGUGAAGCCUUCACCAUUUACCCCUUACUCAGCUUUAAAAUUAGUUGAACUGGCACAGCAAGUGUUCCCGCCAGGUGUCUUGCAAGCUUUGGGCGGAGAGGAGUCACUCGGUCCAUGGAUGACUGAACACCCCGGUAUACAUAAGAUAUCUUUUACAGGUUCAAUCGCCACAGGAAAGAGAGUCAUGCGAGCAUGCGCGGCGACCCUGAAGCGAGUGACACUUGAGCUGGGUGGCAACGAUGCUUCAAUAAUCUGUGGCGAUAUCGACAUCGCCAAAGUCGCCCCUCUUGUCACGAACGGAGCUUUCAGAAAUUCCGGGCAACAGGUUUGCACCGCGACCAAGCGGAUCUACGUGCACGAAUCUAUCUAUUCUGAUUUCGUCAAGGCCAUGGUUGCGCAUGCCACUACGCUUACACUUGGGGACAGCGAAAUGCGCGACGAUGUGAAGCUUGGCCCAGUACAGAAUCAGAUGCAGUACAGUAAGGUAAGAGAAUAUUUCGACGAUUGUACCAGAAAUGGUUAUACGUUUGCUAUCGGGCGAAGCCCCGAGGAUAUCGAAGGGGAAGGGUAUUUUGUCCAGCCCACAAUUAUCGACAAUCCACCGGCAAAGUCACGGAUUGUUGUCGAAGAACCGUUCGGCCCCAUAGUGCCAGUCAUAUCAUGGUCUGAGGAGGAGGAGGUAAUCCGUGCUGCCAAUGAUACCAACACCGGACUAGCAGGCUGCGUGUGGACAGCAGAUGCCGUCAGAGGCCGAAGGAUCGCUGACCAGCUAGAAGCUGGCAACAUCUUCAUUAACAGCGCGGAGGCGGUGACACCCAAGGCGGUUUUCAGUGGUCAUAAAGAGAGUGGGCUAGGUAGUGAAUGGGGUCCGACAAGUCUCCUCAACUACUGUAAUACCAAGGUGGUACAUAUCUUUAAAUAG